CUCUCCCCGCCAGGAGUCGGCUACUUGUGGCGGCGCUUUUCUGUGCGCGAGAAGGCUCUGUGGUUAGUGGACUGUGGCUAACUGGCUGGAAUAUGACAGAGAAAAACGGGACGCUCUGAACAUUAAGGACAAAAGAGAGGGGAGAGAGCUAUUGUUGCAAUGAAGGAUCUACAACAGCGAAACAACAAAGUAUAGGCGAUAACUUCGUUUUAUUGCCCCCUAUUGUGUUUUCCUUGGAGAUGCAUGGACGGACGUGUCAGUGAAAUUGUAUUGAGGGUCUAUGUACAUUUCUGUUUGCAAAUCGUCUGAACAAAGGAUACGUUUCGGAAUUUCGGAUGUUUGUUUGGACCUACAAACGAGAAGGAAAACAGGGGGGGUCACACGCAGAGGAAAACACGAAAAUCUAAUUGUAAAGACAUCGUGUAUCUCGGAGUGACCAGACUGACAUCGAAAGUCCUCAGAGGAGAAUGGGAAAAGGAGCCACGUCUGAGCAGUAAACAUGCAUCCUCAGCAAAAAGAAAGAGAGCCACCGCUGUUCAGUGCCAAAGCGCACGUCUUCCAGAUCGACCCAGUAACCAAGCGGAACUGGAUACCUGCCAGCAAGCACGCCGUCACUGUCUCAUUUUUCUACGAUGCCACCCGCAGUGUGUACCGGAUCAUCAGUGUGGGAGGAACCAAGGCCAUCAUCAACAGCACCAUCACCCCCAACAUGACCUUCACCAAGACGUCUCAGAAGUUUGGCCAGUGGGCCGACAGCAGGGCCAACACCGUCUACGGGCUGGGCUUCUCCACCGAGCAGCAGCUACAGCAGUUUGCAGACCAGUUUAAGGAGAUACGAGAAGCCGCACGAAUGGCCCGCGAGAAAUCCCAGGAGAAGUUUGAACUGACCAAUCCUGGGCUCAACAUUGCCGCCCCACAGCUUUCUCAGGAGUUGUCGGAGGAGCGUCACUCCCCCCCCCUCCUGGCGGUGAACGGCCCUGGGGAGGACAAACUCUUCCGCAGCAAGAGCGCAGACAUGGAGCUGACGGUCGAGAAGGAGCGCAUCAAGAAGAUGCUCUCGGAAGGGUCCAUCUGUGAGAUCAACAUGGAGGCAGAGCUGUUCACGCUCCAGGACAGCAACGCCAAGCUGGUGGCCGCCCUGCACGAGGCCAACACCAGCGUGGACCAGUGGAAGCAACAGCUGGCAGAGUACCAGGAGGAGACGGAGAGACUCAGAGAACAGGUGACAGAGCUGGAGACCCAGGUUGGCCGGCCGGAGCCUGGUGAGACUGGCAGAGACAACCUGAGCCAAUCUCUGGAGGAGCUGGAGGCGCUGCUCAAGGUUAAAGAUGAGGAAAUCCACAAUCUGCAGAGCAAGAAAUCGGAUUUCAAUGAGCUGGAAAAGGAGAGGGAGGAGGCCACAGAGAGACUGCAGGACCUGGAGGUGCAGAACGCAGAUCUGGAGCAGCGCGUGCAGGCGGCGGAAGAGACUCUGGCAUCCUCGCGGGACGAGCAUGACCAGGCGGAGAGCGAGGUGCGACGCAUCAUCGGCAUCCUGGACCUGAAGAUCGGCGACCUCAAUGACAUCCGGCAGAGCCUAGCCAAGCUCGUCGACAAGUAGGCCUCGCCUCGGAGCCGAAGAGAGCGGACAAAUGCUCAGCUCAGGACAUAUCUGCUUAGACUGGGAUGGGGAGGGGGGCGACACACGACAGCGUGUGUCUCCCCCCCCCUCAAUACACACACACACACACACACACACACACACACACACAAAAGCUAUGUGCUUCUUGUUUCUAGUGGAUCUGUGGUAUUAGGGUAGGCUGCAUUACCAAUCUCAAUAGCUUUUUCAUCAAUGUUUACUUUAUCUUCUUUUAGAGCUGAUAUAUGGGAAGACUGUCUGUUACAUUUUGAAUGCUACAUCAAUAUUGAGCUGUUUUUAUGUGUACUUCAUGAUGUGUUAAAUCAUGGUGAUGUGGGGCGAAGCUGAAGGAGAGCUCUAUACAGCAUCAUGUGAGGUUAUGAGUAUUAUUUAAGUAUCAUAGUUAGGUGACAUGUUCUGUACUUUAUAUGCAUGAUUGCAUCAUCAUUAUCAUCUCUGUUCAAGUCUGACUCGGAGAAGGAGAACGUCUGUCCACUUUCCCCUCGCACCAGCAGAAGGCUGCACAGGACAGGGGCAGUACGUCGAGUAAGAUGUAGAGUCAGUUAGUAAAACUCCUGGCUGAUGGUGCGUAAGGGGCUUGCUGGCGUACAUAUCAACGUUGUGAGUUUGAGUUUCACAGAGGCCGGGGUGUACUGUACAAGUCCAAGAGGAGUUUCCCUUUCUACUCAUUUCUUUGUUGUUGUUCCUGAGAUGUACUGGAAUAAGCACACCAUCUGGGAAUAACGUGUGCAGUGUUUAAAAGAGGACAUGAAAGUGCUGAGUACAGAAGGAUGCGUUCUCAAGAGGACGUAUUGAGGACAGUGCUGCCUCGCACAGCACCAGAAAUAGCAUGCCGUCCGUCAAACAGACUGAAUGCUGGACUCAGGGAGAGGUCAGGUGGUAUCUCUGGCACAGGAUGUGAUGUCAUAAAAGGUAACUGUGUCUUUGAACUGGUUUUGCCUCAGUGACAGCUCUACCCGUGUGAUGGGCGGGUAGCCGUCUCUCACACUUUUGGUGUGAGACACAUGCUUUUAUGUCCUGUCUUAUGCUAGCAUGAAAAAUACAAUUCCAUUGACUUCAAUGCAGCUCACCUAUUCACGUCUCAAGUCAGCCUUGAAAGUUGGCAACUCUGUGAUGGUUUGUCUCUGUCCACACCCUGAUGACAAUCCCCUACUACCACUAGUAGCUGACCCUGGCAAGGAUCCUGUCCAGGUCAGGGUGUGUUUAAGACCCUUUAAGGACCGGCAAACACCUGUUUACAUGUUAAAGAUGUAAGAACAGUGGCAACUUUGGCUGCUUCACUGCUGCAUGUUUAGCUCGAAGGAGCUUUAAAGAAAAUGGCAAAUCAGAUAUUUUUACGCAACCCUCCUAAUUGGAACUCGGAACGGAGUAUGUCAUUC